AUGCUUCAUUUCGUUCGUGUUGCGCUCGCUGUUGUGUCCGUAUUCUAUGGACACGAGGCAGCAAGUGCUAGCACAACUGGAGAAGCAGAGACGCUUGAUUGUUUGGCCGACAUGAACGAGGCCAGGACAGCAGCUGGGCUCGCCAAGUUUGGGGAGCCAUCUAGUGAUAAGCAAAAGCUGCCGUCGAGCCCCACUUUAAAAGAGACCGUAAACGCUACCAAUUUAUGGAACGAAAUAUGCAAAAUAAUAGCAGAGGAAGAAGAAGACAGCGCUGAAGCCGAAAAAUUAGAGGGGACCUUCGCGUACUAUGCCGGCAAAAAAGACUGCAAGGCGGCAGUGCAGUACUGGAAGGACGGGUUUUCACUCUUCAACAACAAGCUGCCCCCAGCGUACACAACUUCGAACCAGUCUGAAGUCUAUACCGACAGGGCCGUCUCCUUUGUCUCUCUCUAUAACCCUCAGGCGAGCCCUGUAGCGAGCUGUGUCUUCGUGACCUGCACAACAGCAAGCGGGUUUGCUGCGUCAGCCCUGCCAAAAACCGACGAAAGGCGGACAUUAAGGAGACUUCAAGGUGAAGAGGAACCUGCUACCGCCAUCAUAUGCUUGACGAAUCCGCAGGCGCUGAUUACUGAUACGGCGCCAUUCAAGGAAGAUGAAUGGCAGAAGAUUGUUCAUGCUGUAGUUGGUACUGAGGAGCGCACUGGGGCUUCCCCGGUUAGGCCGUCUCUUCCACUGGGGUUCGUAAUGAUGCUUUUUGCUUACACUCUUUUUUAA